AUGGGCUACAAACGUUAUCCAUCCUAUUCUCGCCGAAUCAUUAUAAUUCCAGGCAUUUUUCUCUUCAUUCUCUGUAUACAGCACAUCUUUUUCGCUACCACUUUUCGAAACUAUGCCAAAAGUCAUGACAAAAUACGAAUCCUUGGCCAGUGGAAGGAUAUCAGACGCGAAUUGGGUUUGCCCACUCUACCCGACGAACUCGCCAUACCAUCAAAAGCUACUCAUAGCCCCCAAGAUUCACUGCGUUCAUCGCGCUUCUUCAAACUUAUCAAACGCAAUAUUGAUCAACCAAACGCUUUACCAGAGCUAUUCUUCGCUUCAGACGCGCUCGAGGAGCCAAAUUUUUCUUACGAAGAGUGGCAAAAGUCGCUGGCGCAGAUAGUCAACAGCGGGCAGGAGAAGAGAAACCACGGUCGAAAGAGGAAGCUGAGCGGUGAAAUUGGAAGCUGA